GGGCUGCCCUUGCUGUGAUCUGCCUACUAACCCAGCAGGCCUUGCGAGUUUCUCCUCACCACCCGGCUGAGGGUCUGAUCCCAUCCCCGGCGUUAGGGGUUCUCGCAUCUCACAGCAAAGACACAUAAUUAAGAGGCAUGCUGGCCUAAUCACAUGUUAAGCACCGGCGGCUUGUUCGCGGUCUCCAUAACAACACCGCUUGUACAGGUACUGCUGGGUCUCUGAUCGGGAGGAAAUAAGGAGUAUUGCGCAUGCGUCAUGUCCAGUCGGUGUAUGAACUCGGAGGCCUCCGUAGGAGAAGGAAGAUGGCGGCUACCGUACUGGAGCAGUUGGGUGCGUUAUGGAUGCAGAAUAUGAGGAGCCAGGGGAAGCUGGCCUUGAGGCUUCUUUCAUCUCACAAUGUUUUGCCCCAAUCAUGUAUCCACACAAGCGCUCCUGUUGACAUCUCUCGAAAAUGGGAGAAGAAAAAUAAAAUCGUUUAUCCUCCACAACUGCCUGGAGAACCUCGAAGACCAGCAGAAAUCUAUCAUUGUCGAAGACAAAUAAAGUACAGCAAAGACAAGAUGUGGUAUUUGGCAAAAUUGAUACGAGGAAUGUCCAUUGACCAAGCUUUGGCUCAGUUGGAAUUCAAUGACAAAAAAGGGGCCCAAAUAAUUAAAGAGGUUCUUCUAGAAGCCCAAGAUAUGGCAGUAAGAGACCACAAUGUGGAAUUCCGAUCCAAUUUAUAUAUAGCUGAGUCCACCUCAGGGCGAGGCCAGUGCCUAAAACGCAUUCGCUACCAUGGCAGAGGUUUCUUUGGGAUCAUGGAGAAGGUUUAUUGCCAUUAUUUUGUGAAGUUGGUGGAAGGACCCCCACCUCCACCCGAGGCACCAAAGACAGCUGUCAACCACGCCAAAGAAUAUAUUCAGGAGCUUCGUAACCGGACCAUCACUAACACUCUAUGAUGGGGGAACCCAGUCUAAAAAGUGGCCACAUUUUGAGGACAUUCCACUAAUAGAAUGAAGAAUGUAGUUUUAGUGCCAUGUUUUCAGAUGACAUUAAUAAUAGCUACAAUUUACCUGGAACUCAUUAUUUACCAAACUCUGUACUAGUAUUUUAUGAAACUCUUCAUAACAUCCUGCAAAUAUAGAUACUGUUUUGUUACUUUACAAAGGAAGAAACCAAAACACAAGAGAUUCAAAUAACUA